UUCCUCAUUCGAUCAAAAUGACAAGACUUAAAUUUGUUGACGGGUUUUGGGACGCUGACUUUUUAGGAGUUCGAGGCUAUGAAGUUUUAUGUCAACGAUUGAAAUCAGGCAAAAAAAUGUGUAAAGAAAUAGAUGAAUUCCUCAAAGAAAGAAUAAAAGCAGAACAAGCCUACUCUAAGGCUUUGUCGAUCGCAGUGAAGAAAAUUGGUAACCCAGAAGAGAUGGGAGAUCUUGGGAAAUCAAUUUUACAGCUGCAGCGUGAGACGGAAAAAAUAUCAGCAGUUCAUGACUUGGCAGCAAAGCAAUUCCUCUCAUUGGAACGUGAAUUAACAGAGUUCAGUGCUGAUCAGAAUAGUAAAAGGCAUGUGACUGACGAAAAUAUAAGAAAAUCAAAUCAAUUAAAACAACAAUCUUACAAGCAUACUAUAUCACUUAAAGAAAAAUACACUCAAAGAUGUCGGGAAAAGGAUAACGCCGAAGAGGCUUUCAACAAUGCAAAACAAAGUGUCACUGUGAAAACGAAGGAUCUAGACAAGAUAGAGAAAAUCAAAGAAAAAUCUGUUGAAACUAUGGAACAAGCAGAUCAAUCCUACAAGAGCAGCAUAGAAACUUUAGAGAACAUAAGAACGCAAUGGGAAAAAGACAUGGAGAACACAUGUUUUGUAUUUGAAAAUCUCGAAGAAGCGAGGAUUGAACUUCUUAGAGAUCUACUCUGGAAGUGUACUAAUAUAGACUCCCAAACAUGUGUAGAUCAUGAUCAGUGUGCAGAAAAUGUUCGGCAAAUGUUAGAACUGUGUGACAUAGACAAAGAAUUACGUGAAUUUAUUGACAGACACAAUACAGGUUCAGAAAGGCCAGCUGAGGUCUUUUACGAGAAUUAUUAUGCCAAAAAGGGCAGUUCUGGACAUGACCAAACAAGACAGAAUGAUAAAACCACACUAAGCAGACGCCCACCUGAACGCAUUCCACAGGACUUGCCAAAACAACCAAGAGUAAGGCCCCCUCCUGCCCGUCCUACAGAGCAGCCAAAGCCAACGGAAAGAAUUACUACAAAAGAACAAUGUCUUAUUUCUUUUGAUGAUGACAUUACGUCUAGUGGAUAUUCAAGUAUAUCUGAUGUAAGACCAAACAGAGGUUCUAACACCACAGAGUCUGGGUACUCUGAUGUACAUGACGUCAUGCCUGAACGAGCACAGGUUCGAAUACAACGACCUUACACAUCGAAGAGCCCAUCAGAACACAAUGUACAAGUAGGUGAAGUGGUAGAAAUUGUUCGUGAAAUGCCAGGAAAUAGUGUUCAGAUUGUGAAAAAUGGACGAAUUGGUCUAAUACCCAAACAGUGUAUACAGAUGAUGGCAUAUGUGUAGGAAAACUUUAUUUAAUGACAUUUUCACCAUUAUGAACCACGUGAUUGCUACAAAUACCCAGAUGCAAGAAUAAAAGCGACGCCAUGAUAUUUACAAACUUCAACAAAUCAGUUUAAAAUCAUUUCUGUUUUACAUAAGUAUGUAUAGGCAUAAGAAUAAACUGAUGUGUCAGAAUUCAUACUUUGAUUCUAUAAAGUAAAAUAAUCAAUUGUGAAACAACUUUUUUUAUGUGCAGCAUCUUGAUUUUAAAUUACACUUUCACAGUAACAGUGUAUUUUAUGUAAUAAUGCCAGUAUUAUGGUAUUUCUCUCUAAGAUGUCUCUAAUGGUAGUCUGCUGUUAAUGAAUCUGUUUAUAUAGUUUUUUUUAAAUUUGCAUAUAUACCUGUA